AUGGUUGGUAGUUUCUUCGCUGUUGUUACCGCGGACUUGAUCCCAGAAGUUGCUGAGGGUUUGAAACAAUCGUACGACAGUGGUAAGAGCGCAGCCGCGUCUGCCGUGAACAAAAUCGCCGGACUUUUGGGGCAUAAAUCGAAGACUUCUGGGAUUAGAAAUAGCGCAACAACUCAAAGCAAGUCAUCCGGCGGCACCUCGCCGCCAACAUCCACGGCGUCCACUUCGAGCCCUUCGACUGAGAGUGUGACCAGUUCACCCGCUGCAUCCGAUACGGUUCCCGAGGAGGUUGGGAGUGUGACGAAUUCCAUCGACAUAGGACCCAGUGCAUCAGCGUGUUCAAAACUUACUGCUGGUCCAGCAAUGAUGAUCUACAUUCCGCUUAUAUUGGUGAUCAACCUUGUUUCGUUUGGAUAA